AUGUAUGAUGAGGGAUCUCAGAUCAUAGUUGUUUUAGAUGUGUAUGAUGAGGGAUCUCAGAUCAUAGUUGUUUGUAAGACAGUACAGAUGUAUGAUGAGGGAUCUCAGAUCAUAGUUGUUUGUAAGACAGAACAGAUGUAUGAUGAGGGAUCUCAGAUCAUAGUUGUUUGUAGGACAGAACAGAUGUAUGAUGAGGGAUCUCAGAUCAUAGUUGUUGCUAAUUUGAAAAAUAAUCUCCCAUCACAGCUAAUCCACUCAGAGAUGUUCGAAAGAAAUGGCGUUUUUACAUCACUGUGUUUUAUAACAAUAAUAUCUUUUGUUAUAAUCCUAAGUCUGAUUCCAACUACAGAACGUUCUUUACUGACCUACCUCUCUACAUUAGAUACUUUUGACUCGUCACUCAACAAUACAAAUAUGACAAAUAAAGUGUCCAAAAACUCACUUCCAAGGAUGUUUCGCACACAUUGGUUUCAUGCAGAGGAGUACUUUGUUCAACAGCUACGGUAUUACGAUAGUACUCAAUGUCCCAUACCAGGCUGUGUGUUAGAAACAAAUGUUUCCAAGGCUGAUAUCGUGGUAUUCAGUCACAGACGUAUUCCUCAAACAGUGAUUAAGAAAGAAAAAGGACAAGUCUGGGUGUUUAACACGGCAGAAAGUCCGUACCACACGUGGAGACCAAGCAAGGAAUGGAUGAAACUUUUUGAUUUAUCCAUGUCGUAUAUGGAGGAAUCUGAUAUUUAUGUACCAUUCUACGGGAAACUGCAAAAAAUACAAGAACCCGCCAUCAAAAACUACACUGGAAUACUCAGCAAGAAAACCAAAGACACGGUAUGGGUUUCAAGCCACUGUCAAACUCCUUCAAGAAGAGAAAAACUGGUUGAAGAACUAAGUAAAUACUUAAAAGUGGAUAAAUUUGGCAGCUGUGGAACUAAAAAAUGUGGCAAGCAAUAUGAUAAUUUGAAGGGGUGCCAUUCCGUGUUCGAAAGAGACUACAAAUUCUUUUUUUCUUUUGAGAAUUCACUCUGCAAAGGUUAUACCACAGAAAAACUAUUUUCACUUUAUUUAAACCGUACUCACAUAAUACCUGUUAUAAAUGGACCAAAAGACGCCGGUCAUUAUCUUCCUAAAGGAACUUAUAUAAACAGUCAGGAUUUCCCUUCUGUCAGUCAUUUAGCCAAAGAACUAAUCAGAAUAGGUUCCAAUGAAACGGAAUACAUAAGCUACUUAAAGGAAAAGGACAAAUUUAUUCCCCAACUUUUUCGAAAAACUGUUUUUGAUGCUCAGUGUGAUUUAUGUAAAUAUGUAAGAGACGUUUAUACUGGGAAAAAGACUAGGAGAAAUAAAUCCUGGUUCAAUGUUUUAAAUCCAGAUGUAUAUUGUACGAUAGGUUAA